ACCCUCUCCAACAAAACCCUCUUUCUUGUCUGCCUUCUUCCUCGGACACUCGACAGCCGCGAAACAGCAAAAAGAGAGAACAAAGAGAUGGGGAAGAAAGUAAAAACCUCAAGAAAAGGGAAAAAAGCAUGGAGAGCCAACAUAAGCAUGGAAGACAUCCAUGAUUACUUCGAGAAAUCCACCAAGGAUGCCCUUUCAGGGGGUUCUCUUGCUUCUGUUCCUACUGAAUCCCUCUUCUUCAUCGACAAAUCCAAAGAUCUUUCUGUGAAGAGAAAGAUUGAAAAGAAAAGAGAAAAGGUAUUGCGAGUUGAUAGUGUGCUGAAGAAGAACCCUUUUGUUGAAGCAGUGCCAUCUUCGAAGCAGAAGGAUUCUAAGAAGAAAAAGAAGGAGGCUUUGAAAGCUAAAGAUGUUGUAGUUCAAGAUGUUCCCAAGGAUGAUUCGACCCCUGAUUCUGGCAUGGUUCCCUUAUGGGGAAAUCAAGGGCAACAGAGUGGCAAAGCUAGACAGGCCUGUAAACAGUCGAUUAUUCCUGCAGUGGAAGUUGAGCCUCCAGGGUGCUCAUACAAUCCCUCAUUUGAAAGUCAUCAGGAUUCCUUAGCUCAAGCUGUUGCAGAAGAAAUGCAAAAGGUCUACAAGAAUGAGUUGGGACCUCAGCCAGUUCCAUUAACUGUUAUGGGAGAAGUGAUUGAUGAAGACGAUAAAUACUUUAUGGAGGCAGAUGAUGGAAGCGAUGAUGAAAUGAAUGAGGAGAAUUUGAGUGAGAAGGAGGAUACGUUAACUGAGAAAAGGCCUUCCAAAACAAGGAGGGUGACUCGAGUUGAGUUGAAUAAGAGAGCUAGGAGGAAAGAACUGCAAAGAAAAGAAGCAGAAGCUAAAAGGGCAAAGGAGCUUUCUGAAGACAUUGACACCUUGCCAGAUAUCCUACAAGAAAUAGCCAAAGAGGAUGAGGAGAAGCAAAAGAAACAUCUCCGGAGGGUCAUAGCUAAGCAAGAAAGAUUAAAGGCUUGUCCACCUCGCUUGGGAAAAUACAAGUUCCAACCUGCUCCUCCCCAAGUCUUGUUAUCUGAAGAACUUACUGGAUCUCUCCGCAAGCUUAAGGGUUGUGCUACGCUUGCAAGAGAUAGAUUUAAAAGCUUAGAAAAGAGAGGCCUAAUUCCUCCGUCAGCCAAGACUGGAAGGAAAUAGAGAGGUUUUGCUUCCGAGGAUCUUGACUGUUUCAAUUUUUUGGUGAGAGAAAUCAGAAGACUUUUCACCUGAUGCCCUUAGAGUUUGAGAAAAAUGCCAUUAAUGUGGACCAAGCCAGAUCCAUCUGCACUAUAGGAUUGCUUUCAUGUGUUUUUUAUUGUUAAAAUCAAAUAUAGUUGUUUUCCGUAGCUAUUGUCUAGUUACCCUUAUUUUCUUUACCAAAGAAAGUGUUAUGUGAUGCAAUAAACCUGCAGGAUAAUUUAAUGAUCAUUCUAAAGUCGGAAUUUUGUCACAAAGCUUUACUUUAUUGUUAAUUUUUUAAUAGAAUGAGCUAAAUUCUCAGAAAAGACAUCACAAUGCACAAG